UGUUGAUUCAUCACCAGAGGAAGACGCAGUAGCUUGCAGUUAUUAGCUAACGAGCUAGCAGCGAAGCAGUCAACAUUUGACAGAAAAGGCGAUUAAAAGAAGAAAAAUGACUUUGUCGCCAGCAGUCACUCAAUUAUGUGACAAUUCUAAGGACGUCUUCCUGGAUGUGUGCCAGUUGUUACUUACAUACGCCGACAAUAUCUUAAGGAAUCCCAACUUGGAAAAGUAUAGAUCAAUUCGCAUAGACGGUUCUACUUUCUCUACCAAGCUGCUGGCAAUCAGAGGUGCGGUGGAAUGCCUCUUUGAGAUGGGCUUCAAGGAGGCUGACACUCACCUGGUGUUCCCCACCUCGGCAUCAGUGGAAAAUCUAAAGGCCGUCAGAGAUUCCAUCGCAGCUGAAAGAGAUCAGAGACUACCUGGAAGGCCGUCCGUCCCCCUUAUGGCGACUGCAGAAAUCCAGCAUUCGCCUGGUCAGCCGGUGUCUUCAGUUCCUGCACAGACAAAACCUCUGCAGACCAGCAGCUCUGACUUGUUGAUGACGCUCCAGUCGAACUCGCAACACGUGCUGCUGUACGAGAAUCCCGCACUGCAGCAGAAAGCCAGAAGUUGCGUUCCUUGCAGGCAGCUGUCCUCUGCUGCCGAGCGCAAGCUGAAGGUGGCUAAAGAGGUGGACUCGGAAUGUCAACUGGGGAAAGAGGACUUCCUCGUGCUGGAGUUGCUGCACUGGUUCAAGUAUGACUUCUUCUCCUGGGUGGACUGUUUGCCCUGCAGUCACUGUGGAGGCCAGACCCAGAAUACCGGCUCACUGAGUCCCACCACUGACGAUCUGCACUGGGGAGCCCAGAGAGUGGAAAAGCACCAGUGUCAGAGCUGCCAGCGGUCCAGCAGAUUCCCUCGCUAUAACAACCCAGAGAAGCUGCUGGAAACCAGGAGGGGGCGCUGUGGGGAGUGGGCCAACUGCUUUGCCCUUUGCUGCAGAGCGCUGGGCCUGGAGGCCAGGUACAUCUGGGACAGCACAGACCACGUAUGGACCGAGAUUUACUCCGUGUCCCAGCGUCGUUGGGUGCACUGUGACUCAUGUGAGAACACCUGCGAUAAACCUCUACUGUAUGAAGUUGGCUGGGGGAAGAAGCUCUCUUAUAUAUUUGCUUUCUCCAAGGACCAGGUGGUGGACGUGACAUGGAGGUAUUCCUGCAAACAUUCCGAGGUUUUGUCAAGAAGGACCAGUGUUCAGGAGGCCUGGUUGCUGCACACUAUUAUUGGGCUGAAUGCCUCGAGACAGCAAUCUGUGAGUGCGGACAGGAAGAGAAAACUGUCAGAACGGUUGGUUGUUGAACUCGUGGAGUUCAUUUGCCCCAAAACGCCAAAAGCAGGCGAGCUGGGAGGGCGGAUGUCUGGGUCUCUGGGAUGGAGGACGGCGAGGGGAGAGACGGGAGAUGCUGAUGCACGGAAUACCAAACAGAAUGCAGGUUUCGUGUUUACGCUCACUGAGAAAGAGAAGCAAGACAAGCAACUUCACGUGUACUAUAACGCCUCCAAAGAUCAAUACUGUCGAGUGUCCAAUGACUCGGAGGUCCUCCACAGCUGGGAAGGAUGUGUUUGGGAGAAGGAGUCGGUCUUCAGGAAGGUGGAAAAUGACUGGCAGAUGGUAUAUAUUGCUCGGACUGAAGGCUCCUCUGCUGGACAGAUCAGCUGGAAAUUUGACUUUGCGCCUUCAGAACUGACCAUAAAGUCCGUGUCAAUCAAAGCCAGUAGCCAGACUUUCAAUUCUGGCAAAGUCAGCUGGCUGCUGCAAUCAGGCCUGACGAAAGCCCACCUUGUUGGAGAUGGAAGCAUGCAGUCAUUCCAGAGUCUAAAGGGUUCUCCGGAGUUGAUCGUCACCGCGCAGCUUAGUGGAGGCGAUGGAGACACCGCCUGGCAGCACUCUCAGCUCUUCAGACAAAGUUUGAAGGAGACCGGACUAUCCUGCUUUGAGGUCCUCAUAUACCUACAAGACGUAGAAAGAUGAAGACUGGACCCUAUUUGUCUAUUUCAGACAGUAGGUUGACUCCGGCUAUUCAAUAUAUUAUUGUUCACUAUGACUGUUCAGUCUACAAAAUAUAAUAUGAGGCCAUGUUGCUGUUCCUGUUGCUAUAAUAAUGGUUGGGAUACUUGUAUCCUGUCUUGUUUUGCUCAACAUAACUAAAUAUAGCCUCACAGAGACAAA